AUGUCAUUAAGGGGGGUCUUUGGUAGUUCUACUACAUUGUUUGCAAUUUUCGCGGCAAAUAUUUCAAAAUCAUCCGUUCAUCCACACGUAGAACAUCAUCAUCAUCAUUCCAAAAAAGAACAAAAUUCGAGUCGUAACCAUCAUAAUUCUCAUCAAUUUCAAAUUCAACCACCCAAAUCAAGACAACCUGCAUUCUCAAGGUAUAAUCAGAAAAUAGGCGAUAAGCUAAGAAAAUCCAAAUCCAAAAAUUCAACGCCAAGCAAACGAAAAUAA